AUGGGAAGAUGUUAUUAGCGUCAAAUGAGGAUCGGUUAGGUUUGGAAAAUGGGCUAUUUUAUUUUAUAGCCUAGUACCCAGAUCGGCGAAGAUUGUCAUUAGUCGAAAAAUCGUUUUUUUCGUAAGGUGAAUGAAGUCUUCAAAGUUCAUCCGCAAUGCAUGUAGCAUUGUCUUACUGUCAAGAAGAUGGACUUGUUGCCAAACGGAGAACUAAUCAAUUGGAGCAAAUAAAAAAAGGGGAGUCUGCUGGUGCACAAAGAAAUUAAUAAUGAAAGUAAAUGGAAUGCACUACAAAUGUUUAUAUUCAAUUAAAUUAGUAGUGUUAAGCUUCCUUCUCGUCCCACGGAAGCUUCGCCAUCUUUCCCGCGCCACCUGAAGUCCAGCUACGAAUCCCAAUAGACAUUUAGGACCUUGAGGAAGUGGGAGCCGAUAUGGGAACGGGGUUGUUCCGCCUGAUGCUGCAGAAAGCAUCCUGACAAUGGCUCCUCCAGCUAUCCCUUAGCGGGCUCCCUUUUUUCCUCCCUCUCUCUUUUCGCUUUAGCUGUCAAAUAGCUGGUGGGGGCAAAAUUGGGUUGAAUAAGUAAAUUUUUAUUCUUUGCGCCCCGGCUAACGGCGUUCAUUGAAAUUCACUCGCUAAAUCACGUAUUUUUUGGUAUUUCCUAGCUCAUCUGAGUACCGCGCUGAAAAACAGACAUGGCGGAAAGCGUUUUCCGCGUGUUUGCCUCUCGCUCACUCCUUAGGUUAGUUCGCAGUUUUUGUUGAUCGGGACAGUUCCGACUAGCUCCGGAAUUUCUUAGGGAGAAGUACCCCCAAUGGAGACACCACCCAUAAUCAACGGCUGGAAUAAACUUUUGGUAGUCUACGGUCUGUUUUUGCACCGAUAUAUUGUAUGGGUACCUGAUCCUGAAAAGCUUCAAGGGAUAAGAAUCAUAGUAUAUGUUAUAGCGUUGAACAUGUUCAUUUUUUUUACCAGAUCCCAAUGAAGAAGGAUAGUAGGUAAAAUGCGAUCGCAUCCAUGUGAGUGGCCUUUUAUCAAACCGAACAGAAGUAAACAACCUUCCCACUACUUGAGAAACUAUCAUCUUUAUUAUCAAUAUGUAUAAUUUAGCACGACCAGUUCCCAUGAGCAGAAUUGCCGGGUCGUAUCCGGUGGCCAACACGCGCAGUAAGGAAACUGCCGAAUCUACAUCUUGGGUGCCAUCACCCCAUCGUCUGAUACUAAGUGCUGACCCGGCGCUCCAGUGGUAGUGCGGGGAACACGCGCUCAGCGGAUGAUCGCCGGAUACCAAAUGCUGACCUUGCAUUUUGGUGACGGCGCUGCCGGCAGGCAAAGGCCUCAAGCUGUGGCCGGAUCAGACUCUUAAGUUAGUCUAAAAUUGGUACUCCACAGCCAUAGCUGUGUUAAUUAACUCACUGUAAAAGUAUCUAUCCUUUGCCUAAACAGGCUUAGGAAUAAUAAAUAAAUAAAAUUAAACACGUCUUCUUCUUAUUUGCCUAAACAGGCUGGGAGAAAUCGGAAUAAAAUAAUUGGCGCCCUAACGUGAAGAAAAAGGAACCCACCACAAAAAAAAAAUAAUAAAAGUUAACUAAUCAAAAAAUUAAAAAUAAAGCCAAAGUAAAAUAAAGCCCAACUCGGAAGAAAACGCGCGAAGUUUCAUUAUACCUUUACCCGGAAAGUCGGACUUCAGGACCCCUACCGAAAGUAGUCAGUUCAAUUUAAAAAAGAAAAGUGUGAAAAAAAGUGAGCGAGAAUUUUCAAAAAAAUAAAACCUCACCCGAACGAAAAAUCAGUUAAAAUCAAAGAAAAAGAGUGUGAAAAAAGCGAGCGAGAAUCUUACAAAAAAAAAAGGAGAAAUAAACCCUCACUCGCACGAAAAAUCAGUUGAAAUCAAAAAAGUGUGAAAAAAGUGAGCGAGAGAAAUAAAACCUCACCAGAACGAAAAAUCAGUUAAAAUUAAAAAAAAAAGUGUGAAAAAAGUGAGCGAGAAUCUUACAAAAUAAAAAAUAAACCCUCACUCGCACGAAAAAUCUGUUAAAAUCGAAAAUCAGUUAAAAUCAAUAAAGUUGGAAAAAACAGUCGUCGCAGUCGCAGGUCGCACCAACAGUCGCCGCCAACAACCAGCCCCCUCGCCCCGCACGAGGGAUAGCAAUCGUCAGCAGUAGUAGCCGCUAGCAACCAGCCCCUCGCCCCGCUCGAGAGAUCGGAAUACACCAGCUGCACUAACAAAAAAAUCUGUUUAAGAAAUACUUUCUACUACUUACGCUAACGGCUGCCAUGCCAAACGCGACAGUCAAAUUGAACAACUACACGAACGCGGACUACAUCCCCAUACUGGACGGUGACAUCGUAAUUUGGGAUAGUUACGGAUACCUACAACAUUCAACGAACUUAACAUCGUACGAGGACUAUGCGGACGAGACGGAUGCAAUAACAAAGAAUUUCACGAACGAUCACAGGACCCAGGUAAUAACCACUGACUUAGGACACAUUUGCAAAUUAGUUGCUACCCUUAAGGUUCACCACAGGGAUGCUAGGAGCAUUAACUUAAUCGGAACAGCACUUAAAGUCAUUGCAGGAACUCCCGACUUUAAUGAUUGGGAGCAAGUAAAGUUUAACCAAGAACAAUUAAUUAACGCCGAGAAUGGAGACCUAGUCGCCGACUGCGCAGCCCGAAUUGUCAACAUCGGGGCGGCAAAACUACAGUAGGCGCUACGUUCUGCAAAGAACUCCAAGGCGAUACAUGCGCACAACAGAUGGUGGCCGGAGUGACUGCGCAAUGCUCUACCCUACCAGGUCACUUGAGCCCAGUUACCGUAGUGGACCACGGUACCCUCAUCAUCAACGACGCCCGUGUGACCAUCAUAGACGACCUCGGUCUGAAGCAAGAAAUAUCUGGCUCGUACCUGCUAACCUACUCUAGCAAGGUGUCACUCAACGGCACUUGGUACAUAAACCAACUUGGAACUUCGAGGAAAAAGCCUGCGGUUUCAGCCGUGACCCUAGUAAACAUUACUGCUCAUCAGAAUCGACUCAGCCUUCCGUUUCUCCAUGAGCUGAGCUUGAGAAAUCUCCACCACAUUGGGACCCUUAGAGAAAAAUGUACUAUGGGUUUCUUCCUCAGCUACUCCUUCGCUCUACUUGCCUCCUUCCUAUUGUGCUCCACCAUUUGGCUCGGAUACCACGUUCUCAGGAUCAGAGGGCAAGGCAAACCGGGAACCAAUGGCGACGUAGAAUCAGCAGGUCACCGGGACGGCGACCACUUAAAAGAGGGAGGAGUUAGCACGACCAGUUCCCAUGAGCAGAAUUUGCCGAGUUGCAGGCCAUAUCCGGUGGACAACACGCGCAGUAAGGAAACUGCCGAAUCUACAUCUUGGGUGCCAUCACCCCAUCGUCUGAUACUAAGUGCUGACCCGGCGCUCCAGCGGCAGUGCGGGGAACACGCGCUCAGCGGAUGAUCGCCGGAUACCAAAUGCUGACCUUGCAUUUUGGUGACGGCGCUGCCGGUUGGCAAAGGCCUCAAGCUGUGGCCGGAUCGGACUCUUAAGUUAGUCUAAAAUUGGUACUCCACAGCCAUAGCUGUGUUAAUUAACUCACUGUAAAAGUAUCUAUCCUUUGCCUAAACAGGCUUAGGAAUAAUAAAUAAAUAAAAUUAAA